AUGUCAGAAAGUCCACUUUCCAAAAAGCAAAAACAGCUACCGAUCGAGGAUUUCGAAUUAUCUAAAAGUGAAGACUUUCCCGAUAUUACGGGAAUAUCGCGCUCCAGAACGCCACGGAAGCUGUUUUCGGGCUCAUCCGACAAACCUCAAGCAUACUCGCAACAAUGGGUUUCAUCUUCGUCCGGCGUUCCCAAUCUAAAACCUUUGAACGACGAAGGGAACACGAGAGGACGCGUUUAUUCGCAAUCACCUCCGCGGUCACCCACUCGGUCGCCCACGCGAAGGUUACAAUUGAUUCAGCUCUCUCCAUCGAAAAAGUCUCGACUAGAAAAGUUGCGUAUUCACGAAGCGGAGAGAAAUGGCGCAUCUUUCGAAAGAUUAUGCAUAAAUCGUCUAGUUUUGCAUAAUUUUAAAUCCUACGCCGGUACACAGGUGGUUGGGCCAUUUCACAGCUCAUUUUCCGCCGUAGUGGGGCCUAAUGGAUCGGGUAAGUCUAACGUGAUCGACUCUAUGUUGUUUGUGUUUGGAUUCCGAGCCAACAAAAUGCGCCAAGGAAAUUUGUCAAGUCUCAUCCACAAGUCAGAAGCUCAUAGAGAUCUCGAAAGUUGCUCCGUUGAUAUCUAUUUUGACCACGUUAUUGACAACCCUGAUCAUACCACUAGCAUUAAUGAUGAUAAGCCACCGUUGGUCAUCACGCGGCGAGCUUUCAAAAACAAUACCUCAAAAUACUACAUCAAUGGCAAAGAUAGCAAUUACAAACAAGUUACGCAGCUUUUGCGAGAUAAAGGUGUGGAUUUGGAUCACAAGAGGUUCUUAAUUCUGCAAGGAGAAGUCGAAAGCAUUGCGCAAAUGAAACCCAAGGCCGAAAGGGAGAGUGAAGACGGCCUUUUAGAGUACCUUGAAGAUAUAAUAGGGACGGCAAAGUAUAAAGCCCAGAUUGAAGACUCCCUAUUGCAAAUAGACUCGCUAAACGAGGUUUGCCGAGAAAAGGAGAACCGCUUUCAGCUUGUGGAGCGCGAAAAAGAUUCUUUAGAAGACGGCAAAAACGAGGCCCUAGAAUAUCUCGACAAAGAAAAGACUCACACUUUGUUAAACUCGAAACUGUUUCAAUACAAAAUCUGGGAAAUUAAUAAUAAGUUGUUUAACUACGCUGAGAAAACUGAAGCCUUGAAGCAAACGCUUUCGGCUGAAAUCGAGGAGCAUGCAAAACACCAACGGCAGGUUAAGGAGGCUGAAACACGCUGCGCUAUUUUGAAAGACAAGAAACUGCAAAACCAAAAGCAUCAAAAAGAACUAUCUCAAACCAAACGUGAUAAAGAGAGGGAGAAAAUCUCGCUUGAGGCAAAGUUAAGGAAUUUUGCUAACAAAAAAGCGAAAGCUGAAAAGUCUUCGGGCCCAGCACAAGCAGGUAUUGCCGAUACUAGGAGAAAAAUCGAAGAUUUGGAGUUGUCACAGCAAGGUUGUGAGAAAGAAAUAGCUGAACUAAAUGCUUCUCUUGUAGUUGAAAAGAAAAAAUUGACUGAAAUAAAACUCGGCUUGAAGGACAAGACAAGUGACUUUGCGGAGCAAAUUACAAAGCUUGAAGCCGAGCUAGAGCCUUGGAAAUUGAAACUUCAAGAGAAAAAGACUCAGAUUCAACUCGCUAAAAAUGCUUUGGUAGUUUACGAAGAAUCGAAAAAGAAAGCCGCCGCUGAUGUUGAGAGACUACGUCAAACGCAGAAAUUCUCUACUGACAAACUGAGUGAGCAUUUGCAGGGAAUCUCGUCUUUGGAAAGUGAGCAGCUAUCCUUACAAAAAAAGAUCGCAAGUGGUCAAACAGCCCUCGACGGUGCUGGUGAGAGAAUGCAUGAAAUGAAAGCGAUAUUGACUUCUCAUAGACAAAGGUUCAAUGAGGCGAAAUCGUCCUUGAAUAAUUUCCAAAAUAAAAAUAAGGUGCUUACCGCCUUAAUGAGAUUGCACAAAUCUGGCCGAAUAGAAGGUUUCCACGGCCGGUUAGGUGAUCUCGGUACGAUUGACGAUGCCUAUGACGUUGCAAUUUCAACGGCCUGUCCUCGUUUAGACGAUAUAGUGGUGGAUACCGUUGAGUGCGGACAGCAGUGCAUAGAGCAUUUGCGGAAGAAUAGGCUAGGAUACGCUCGCUUUAUCUUGCUAGACAAGCUGAGAAAUUUCGAUAUGAGAAAACCAGACACACCUGAGGAUGUUCCUCGAAUCUUUGACCUCGUUAAGUCAAAAGAUUUGAAGUUUCUUCCUGCGUUUUAUAGCGUUCUUAGGGACACUUUGGUAGCGAACGAUUUGAAGCAAGCUAACCGGGUAGCCUAUGGAAAACGAAGGUAUAGAGUGGUCACACUAGAUGGGAAACUCAUAGACAUAUCAGGUGCAAUGAGUGGUGGUGGAACGUUUAAGGCGAGUGGUUUAAUGAAAUCAAAACACCAAGGCAACGAGUUUCUUGUAAGUCCUGAGGAAGUGCAAAAGUUGGAAACAGACCUUGUGGAAAGAGAGAAGAAUUUCAAAAUAGCCUCGGAGACAUUUAGAGAAAUGGGAGAAGCCAUGCAAGACCUCAAAGAAAGGGUACCAAAUAUUGAAUUGGAAAUAUCUAAGAAGAAAAUGGAAGCUGAAACUUUAGAAAGCGACAUCAAAAGUGCCGACCACAGAUUGGCAAAACUUCUGUUGACUGAAGAGAAAGAACUUCAUGGCUCUUCAGUGAAAGAAUUGCAGGAUGAGAAGGAUAAAAUCGAUAAAUUGAACGGUUUGUGUCGGGAAAUUGAAGAACAGAUGUUGUCAAAAUCCGAAAUGAAGGCGUCCUUACAAGAUCGCAUAAUGGAAAUAGGAGGUUCGAAAUUACAAAUGCAGAACUCCUUAGUGGACUCUGUCUCUCAAAAACUGAGCAUUAAUUUAGCGAAGCAAAAGCGAGGCAAAACGGCAUUGAAAAAGACGGAAAGUGAUAUCAAAAGGCUAGAAAGGCAGUUCGAAGAAGCUAUUUUGGAAAUAGAAACCUGUCAGAGAGAAAUGGUUUCUAUCCAAGUCUCACUUUCCGCUGUUGAAGAUAACCUGAUUGGCGUUCAGAAAACGCUAGACGACCUAGUUGGCUUUGAUGAGGAAUAUUCUCAUGAGCUUGAAACGUUAGAAUUGAGUUUAAAUGAAGAACUGGGGAAAGUUUCUAAUUUUCACUCGAAAGAGAUCGAACUAAAAGCUCAAUUGGAAAGUCUCAAUGAAGUUUGCAACCGCCUCAUCGCCGAAAAAAGUCGGUUUGAAAACAAGCUGAACUCGUUGAAAAUUCGAGAUAUGACAUCUGUUCUCAAAUCGCUGCAGGCAGAAUCGCUGCAAGCAGAAUCCCAGGAGACAGGAAGUGCGAAGAGUUGCGAAGAAAUUUCCGCAGAUAGGACCUCUGCUGAAGAAUAUGAUUCGGCUACGGCUAUAGAUCAUGAAAUUGACGUUGACGCUCCAGAACUCAACGAAUCUGAUGCAAACGUUUCGGUUACGGAUAAAGUCGAGAAGGAAAGUCUUGUUAACGGUCUGACGCGACAUUCUGAAGACGAAUUAAGGCAUGUCAAUAUUGAGGAUGUCGAAAGGGAGAUGAUUGAAUUACAAGAGUAUUUGGAUAGUGCUCACGUUGACAUUGAGAUCUUAGAAGACUACGUACAGCGCCUGGCUGAAUUUCGAAUGAGAAGGCUGGACCUCAAUGAAGCUGUCAAGCGGCGUGACGAAAUGCGCACCUUUUGUGAAUUGUCGAAAAAGAAGCGUUUAGAUGAGUUCAUGGAAGGUUUUAACAUGAUAUCGAUGAAUUUGAAAGAAAUGUACCAGAUGAUAACCAUGGGAGGGAAUGCUGAGUUGGAACUCGUGGACAGCUUGGAUCCGUUUUCUGAAGGCGUUCUUUUUAGUGUCAUGCCGCCAAAGAAGAGCUGGAGAAAUAUCUCGAACUUGUCAGGCGGGGAAAAAACACUCAGUUCCUUGGCUUUGGUUUUUGCAUUACACAAGUACAGACCGACGCCUCUUUACGUAAUGGAUGAAAUUGAUGCGGCCUUGGAUUUCCGCAAUGUGUCAAUUGUGGCUAACUAUAUUAAAGAGAGGACAAAAAAUGCGCAAUUCGUUGUUAUAUCGCUCCGAAAUAACAUGUUUGAAUUAGCACAGAGCCUCGUUGGCAUCUAUAAAAGCAAAAACAUGACUAGGAGUGUUACGAUUCAAAAUAAGGGUUUUAUUAAUGCAGACGAUUGA